AUUGAGAGUUCAUAGGUCUCAUUUUUUUUCCACUUGCCUCAUGUCGUGUCAGCUUGACCUCCUGACACCUGACUAAGGACUGUAACCACUCUCUUUAGUCUUGCUCCUGUGCACGGAGGAGUAUUUAUAUUUUACUCAUUAUUUGCUGUUUAAUCGCCUUCACCUGCACUUUCGUCAUGCAUAUUAAUUUAACCAUGAUUUUUUUUAUUAUUUACACUGGUGCAAGCUGACUCCACUCAAUAAUGUAGUUAGUAAGUGGACCCUUGUUGACGAAUUAUCAACUCAAAUGAAGUUCAGUUUUGAAAUCCGCGGGACAAGGCCUCGCCAGGAAUGCCACGUUAUCGUACUCACCACACUGGAUUUUCCUAUUUCUAACGCAUAACGAUAUAAAAAAAACUACAAUUAACAUUUUUAGCAAUAACUAGAAAUGGGUAUCGUUAGUUUUAUGGGUGCGACGGUUUUUAGUCUGAAAGAGGCGAAUAUAAGACGCAGAGUACGACAAUCUGGCACCGUUGGGCCUCGCUUACACUGGGCGGUAAAGUGCGUGUGUGUUGCGCGCUUCUCGUUGCGGAUACCAGUGUUGUCAACUUGUCACCUUUUUUAAUUUUUUAUAGGGUAGCUAUAGACUCGAGGGACUGUACGUAGUAGCUAAUAUCCUUCAGAGCAGCUGAUGAAAUUGAAUGAAAUAUAUGCAGGAACACACUCAGGCGACACUCAGAACGAAAGUAGUUUCCGUAAUGCCGCGCAACUUAGCGGACUUAUGCGGAUGGGGUGUGGGCGGCGUCACGUGACCGUCUCCAUGGCAACCCGGGACGCCGGAGAGGGAGAGGGCCGAGAGGGAGUCAGCUGGCGCCGUGCCCUCAGACCCACUCCCAGGGGCGUGUGUGUGGAGCAAGAGGGCCAUCAGGGAUCAGAGGGCCUGUUAUGGCAUGGCUGGCGCGGCGGGGUACGUGAUGGCGUGUGUCAAUGAUAACCGUGCAGGAGGAGAGAGAAACAGCUUGAUUUUUUUAUUUUUUAUUGAGGAGUUGAUUGGUUGAUUGAUUGAUGGUUUAUCCUUGCAAAAGUACACAGUCAAGGAGAAGGGAGGAAUUAACAUGACAUCCCGACCCCAAGGCAAUACAUAAUGUGAUUUGCAAUGGAGAGAUGUUGAGGUUGAAGUGAGAGAUAUAUACCUACGCCUUGAGGAGGAGGAGGAAGGAGUGAAGGGGAGAGGGAGAGGAGGAAGAAGUGGUGUAUCGGUGGUCUGUUUUGUAACCCUCAUCACCACCAUCAUCACUUCCGUCAUCACCAUUCAUCACCACCACGAUGUUGACUCGCAGGGAGGUGGUGGUGGAGAAACCCUUCCGUGACAGACGCUACAAGGACCACAGAAGGAAGGUGAGGAGCGCCCUGCCCCGCAUCGACACCGGGCCGCCCGUGGAGUACCCGCACCUGGUGGUCAAACUGAAGAAGCUGCGGCUGGAGAGGGACCGUCAGGGCAAGAUCUGCGACGACAACAUCAAGCUGGUUCACCGCAUGGCCAUCAUCAUGAGGACCAAGAGGCUCGACAACAUUAACAAGGCGCCAAAAGGACCUUUUGAGCGAAGGAGAAAGCCCGUGGGAGGAGGCGGCGUGAGGGAGCAGAGGAAGGAGGAGGAGCGGUGGGAGGGCGGCUCCUUCCUCCAGCAGGUGACCUCGGAGGCAGAGAGGCACAUCAGGCCUCCCCCACCUGGCAGGAUGAUACAGCACCGCGCCCCCGCUGGAAUGUGCCGUGUGCCCCGCGUGGGUCCACCUCCCCCCGCGCCCCCCUUGCCCCGCCGCCGCCACCUCGUGCCCACCAUUAUGCUGCCACUCUCUUCCCCCAGGUCCCGCCAAAGCCCCUCGCCAAGCACAGGGUCGGGCAGGUCUUCCUCACACCGCAGGGGCCGAGAAACCACCCGCCUCACGCCCUUGCCCAGUGCCAACCGCCGGGCCAGCAUCACCCCUUCAGCGGCUUCGCCACAAGACGAGAACUCGAGCUCAGCUGGGGACGGAACCGCUGACCUCGGGGAAGAGUACUCGAGCGACGAAGUGGAGGAGUCUGAGGCGGAGGAGGAAGUGGAUGAGGAGGAGGUGAAGGAGAAGAAUGAGGUGGAGGAUGAGGAGGAGGUCGAGGAUGAGGCUGAGAAUGAGGAUAAUAAGGAGGCGGAAGAGGAGGUUACGGAUUCCGAUGAUCAUGUCUCGUCCGUUCUCCUGAGUCACCACCCGAAUAUCACCAUUGACGAGGCCAGCGACGACGAGUUUUAUUCAUGAGGACAGGACUCGAGGGUAAUGACUUCCAUCCAGCGAGCAUCCACUUAGAAAAUAAUAGGCUUGUAAUAAAUUAAGACGAUGAUGAUGAACAUAUACGUGUAAUGAUGCGUUCAUGUGUGUGUGUGUGUGUGUGUGUGUGUGAGAGAGAGAGAGAGAGAGAGAGAGAGAGAGAGAGAGAGAGAGAGAGAGAGAGAGAGAGAGAGAGAUUAUCCCUUGUAUAUGAGCGCUUUCGGUGUUAGGUUACAUAGAUGUUGUCCGUGAUGAAAAAACUUGUCUUCGUUAUGGUAGAGCUACCCAGUCUUCUGUACCAAGGUAUUAAAGUGGUUUCCUAAUAGUAUUAUGCCAGAAUACUACAGUAGAAAGGAAUCCAUCUUAGUAAGGUAUUUGUUUAAGUAUAUCAGACAUUUUAUGAAAGCUGAUUUGUGCACUUUUUUAAAAAUAAAGCUGAUUUAAACAACAAAGGAGAAGGGGAGCAUGCCAUCCCAACCCCCAGGCAGUACAGAGUGUGAUUAUACAACUAAGGAUACAUAUGUGGAAGUAGAACCAGGAAACUAAAAAGAUACAAUGGUAAGGGACUCCGUUGAUGCAAACAUAUGACCUUUUUUUUUUUUUACCACCAUCAUCAAUGUCGCUAGGUCACUCCAGAGAAACUCCUUCAAAGCGUUUUCCAUCUCCUUUUGUUCGCCUUCUUUAAUUUCUCCCAUUUUUCUUGUGGAGUAAGUUUUUUUUUGUUUUUUUUUUUUUUUUUACAGCAGAGGAGACCGUGCAAGGGCGUAAAAAAAAAAAAGAAAACAAUAAUAAUAAAAAAAUCCCGCUACUUACUGCUCCUAAAUAGAGAGAGUGGCAGACCUUCACUUUUACGGAGUUAACGGUCAUUUUGAAACGCCGCGGGAGUAUCUUCUGGGAGCAGUGGUGCCAAAUAUCUACGUAACGGUUAUAAUGCAGAGACAUUAUGGUCUUACAUUUUACAAGAAUGAUAUAUUUUUUAUGCAGUAUGCGUGAAGUAUGCAUGAACUAACUAACGGAUUCCUUGACUUUUCGUUAUAUUUAAAAAAAAAAUGGAGAGUUGGCACCACUGCUCCAGGUAAACAAGAGGCGUGGCAACGGGAGGUGAGGGAGUGGGACUUUCUUUUCUGUCUGUAACUAUCUAUUUAUCUGUAUCUAUCUAUCUCUGCCACUUAUUUCUUCUAUUCCUCUGGUUUCCUCUCUGCUUCCUUCUUCCUGCCUGUUCCUCCUCGUCGUCGUCCUCCACACCUCACCGUUCUCCCUUUUCUCUACAUUAUUUUAUAAACUCAGUAUUAGCCCACAUUCUUCUAAGAUAAUAAAUAUAUUAGAGAAAUUCCAACCUUCCUCCUCCAGGACUCACCCCCUUGGAAAUUGGUUAUGCUCCCCUCUAUAGGAAGGUUUCAAAUAUAUUCCCUGUCCUUAGUGACAAUAAAGUGUAAUCUUAGCUCAUAUCCCUUGGGGUCACUAAAAGGUGAAUGCUGUGUAUAUGUAUUUGUAUCCACCCCACGGAGAGACUUGUCCCCCUCACUCCAUGGAAGCUUUACUAAAUAUUACUGGUUGAUUUUUAUUGUUCUAUUGUCUAUUGUGUAAGAGUUUACUGCAUGUGGCAGGACUUGAUAUUGGUAUUCCAGGGUCACCACAUUCACGUGACAAUUAAAUAUUAAAAAAUUUUGCAUGAAAAGAAGGGUUCCUUGCUUUAACUGUUCUCCAAUUCACAGUGGACAAAUGGACACAGUUUGUAAUAGUAUUUUCUAGAGAAAUGGAAAAUUUAAUGUUAUGAAUAAAUGAAAUGUCAUGUUUUUCUCUGCUUUUUGUGGAUAAUUGUUUAUUUAUUUAUUUUUAUUUAUUUAUUUAUUUUUUAUUUUACUGGGGCUGCUGGGCUAUAGCACCGGUAGGCUUUCUUGAGGGGCCUGGUGGUCGGCCCCAGCCCCUUGUGUCUUAGGCAAGUGUUUAUAGUGGCGCCAUCUUACCUGAUAGAAAACAAAUCAAAGAGAACUUGGCUGUAUAUGGUAAUAAUAUGAUAAACUAAUGCUCCUGAUUUUUUUCAGUGUGUUCUGUGAAAGUUUAAUAAAAUCAGUGAUUUAUUUCUCUCUAAUUUUAUUUGUUGAUUGAUCUUCCUUUUGUGUGACUGGUGUCACUAUAACUUGGUUCCAAUCAUGUUAUGAGUUUUGAACAUUUCAUAAGGCUUUUCAGUCAACCCUUCCUGCAUUAUCACCAGGACCUUGAAUGCACAAUACAGAUUUCUACUCUGCUAAAUGCUUCUUUUAUUAUGAUAUCCUUUAACAGAGUGGAAAGGAGUGGACAGUUUCCUCACAGCCUUGCCCCUUGUUACCUGGCAGUCCUUAUAUAGGUUACCAGUGGUGAGUCUUGCGUUAUGGUGUACAUCCUUGGGGGAUGACUCUUGUAAACCUUCUCCUAUAGCACUUGCCUGUGACUCCUUAUCAUGGGGAAGGUUGACUCUAAAGGAAUAGACCUAACUCUGGGUAUCUAGUUUGGAUUUUUAUAAGCAUCAGAUCAUACAAUUUUUUUCUAUACAAGUACCAUUAUCCUUGGCCUUCAAAACAGUGUCAAACAGGGAUCCAGUAAAUAUUAGGCAGACAGAGACGAGCCUUUGCGUUCACUAUGUAGGAUUAUUAGUUUCAGGUCUUAUUAUGCUUUUUCUUGGCAUGGGAGACCUGCUGCAGAAUCUUUCCCUCUUUCAUGUGUGAAUAAAUUAUAUGUAGUGAAAGUUCUCCUCAGUUUUGAUGCCAAAGUUAUACUCGCAGUAAAUACUACGUUUUGAGCCCGAUGACAGUUAUUUUGCAAAGAACAGGAAUAUACAUAAAAAGUAUAAGUUUACUGAUAUCUGUAAGAGGAGAAAGUUGAAGACCAAUAGAAAUAAAAGAUGAUCAGUGGUUCCUGAAAGAUGGAGUUAAAUUACAGAGUUAAUAACCAACAUAAAGCACAAGUGCUGAGUGCAAAGUGUGUGUAACCAUUAUCUGUUAAAGUUGUGGUAAAGGUUAGGGAAUG